UAAUUUGUGUAACUGUACCUAAAUAAGCUUAAUUACUUUAGUGUUGCGUAUUUAAGUCAGUAGAUUGAGCAAACAUCCAGGUAUAUAUCGUGGAAUACAUUUAUUUAGCCUUGCGAGAUCUGUACACUGAAAAUUAGAUGUGUCACCAUUAUUGUGCAGUGUAUUUUAAGGUAUAGAUAACAACUGUAGCCUUCAUGUCGUCAGUGUGAGCAGCAGUCUUCGACAGCACAGCAGUCUACACAGCAAGCAAGCAAGAGAUAAGUCAGAAGAUGUCAGACUUUGAUGGUAAAUGGCUGAGGGAGGCGUCGAAGGUGGAGAAGAUAUUCGAGGAAUGUCAUAAGAGAGGGAUCUUAUUAAUCGCUUACCACGUCAGCCUCAGUACAAGAGUACCUCUCCAGGAGGACCAGGUUAGACUGGCUCUUAAACACCUCUACCGGAAAGUUCCAUGCCUGCGUGUGUGUUUUGGCGAGCGUGAAGGAACUUUAUGGUUCCGUGAAGCAACCAAUAAUAAUGUUGACUUUAAGGUGCUUCCCGAGACAGAGGUGAAUGAAGUAAUGGCCUGCCUUAAAUCAUAUCAAUACAAUUCAGAUACUGGUCCUCUUUGGUGUACAAGGCUGGUGGCUGAUACAAGCAGCGGUCAGUGUGAGCAGACCACUUCAAUGGUGGAUAAUAUAAGCAGUGGUCAUUCAGGCCAGGCCUCCCCACACAUACCUGAUGACAACUUGGUAUCCUUCCCACAUUCCUAUCAUCUGUUCCUGGGGUUUCAUCAUAGUAUUGUUGAUGGUUUUUCAGCCAUGAAGAUCUGUGGCUUUACUGUUACACUGCUGAAUGAUGUUAUUACUGGAAAGCCCAUUAAUGAUGAUCAGCUUGGGGAGUUUGUAUCACGUGAGGAAACCAUGGAGCUGGUGCUGGCCAAAAAAGCUCUUAUUGAAGCUGACCCAUUAUUAAUGAAGAAAUUGACUGAUGAAGCUAACUUAAGGAAAGACAAGGAAUUAUUCUUUAGCAGAAUAUAUCAAAUACCAGAAGGAAUAGAGGUGAAAUCUCUCAUCUUAGAGCGACAAUUAGAUACAACCACUACCAGGAAAUUUUUAAAUAAAUGUCGUGCUGAGAGAGUUACAGUUCAUUCUGCCUUCACUGCUCUUGCUGAUGCAGCUCUAGUUGAACUCAUGGCUGAGAAAGAUGCUGUCCAGGACACUUACAACAUUUAUAAUUAUCAUUCCGUCAAUAUGCGACGCUACUGGAAGGGUGAUGUUUCCAAGUCUCUUGGAUGUCAUGUAUCAGUUAUAUUCAUGAACACACACACUCCUAGAAAUAUAAAUGAAAUAUUUUGGGAUUUUGCUCGCUCAGUUCACCAGGAGCUUCAGAGCAAGUUAAAAUCUGGCUCUGCACUGGAAGAGGAAGCAUUUGAUUUGUUAAAGUCAGACUCAAUGGAUACUUUCGAAGCUAUUGCAGAUUCCCCUUCAGGACUUGUUCUACCUGAUUACAAUACUACCAACAUGGGUGAUGUGACCGCCCUCGUCACUGAAGGAACAGACCACAUUAGGGUGACCCGUGUUAUAAGAUCCAUAUCAAACACUGUGCUUGCCUGCACUCAUGUUUUUCACACCUUCCGAGGCCGCUUCUUAUAUCUUCUGGAUUACAGCACCAGACAUCUUAGUACAGAAAUAGCAGAAAGUUUCUGCAAUAAAAUUUUUGAUAAUUUGUUGAACGUUAUUCAGGAUUGUAUUUGAAUGAUACCUUGAGUAUGGGGAGAUACAAAUUAUGUACUAGGGAAACGUUGGGGGGAUUACUCAACUCCUGGGAAAUGGGAGGUAAUUCGAUUUUAUCUCACAGAGGAGAGAGUUGCUCUGAUUCCUGGAAUUGAAAGUCCAUCGUUGCCAUGAAAGUAAAUAUGUUGAAAAUGGUAUAAAAUGCUGACAAGGUGAUGAUUAAGACACAUGUACAACAGUUGGGUAUCUUUAUUUUUGAAACCUUUCACCUAGACAGUAGGCUUCUUUAGUCAAAUACAGAGGCACUGUUACAUGUGUAUUAAUCAUCAAGGUAAACCUUCCAUUGAUGUAGAAUUAUAAAACUUUAUAACAAUAUACAGUAUUUUUAAAUUGUAAACGCUAAGGAUGGCUAUGUUAUUAUAGAUUUUUGCAACAGUAUUGCAGGUUGGAAAUAACACUGUUUAACAAUAACUUUAUAUAUUUUAAAUACAUUGUACAUUGGGUAGUUUUAUGAUUUAAACAAACACAUCAUGAUGCACUGCUUGGUUAGAAUAAAAAGAUAAUUUUUUUGAGUAUAUAAUCUAUUAAAAAUUAAUAAGAGUGUAAGCAAAAAAUAAAGUUUAUUAUCAAAAAGUUCUGUUAUAUACAUGUUAGAAUAUAUUAUUGUACCCAUGAAACGAGUGAUAUUGAUCAAUAAC